CAAGCGACCACGAAGACGCCCAACGACAAUCACCAAAAACAGACGUGGCGACAGCGACAAGAGACGACAAUCGCCAGGCAUCGUAAGCAUACUUGCUGCGAGGCCGACGUGUUGUUUUUUUUUUUUUUUUUUUUUUUUUUUCAAUUCAAUUCCAACUACCCCGACCAGCCCUGGGAAGUGCAAGGGAGGCUAGGUCCGGUCCUUAGGCGCUGUUCUUUUUCCCGUUGUUGGUACGCCUCAUAACUGUUGGCCCGCCAUACAUACCCUCUUUCCCGCUGAGCUAGUCUCUACAGCCACUCGCUUUCUCCUAUUUUCCUUUGAAGCGCCGCCGCCCACUCAUCCGCCUCUCAACUCGACAGCGUUGAACACAUUGCAACGGACGACAUUCUUUUUCAGCACGCUCUUUCGGCCAAACUUUCUUUGGCUCUAUCAAACUAUCCUACCACGUCCACUGUGGUUUGGGGUUACCAGGACCGACCGAAUUCAACCAAGGUGUUGGUCGAGCCGAACACUUCGAAGGCAUUGAAUUGUAUCAAUCCCUGGCCCGACCGAACCGAUCGACACGGCUGGAGUCCCGUCCAACGAACGCCCGCUGCCAACUUUGUCGAUCGUCUUUGUCUUGUUGAAGACUGUUUUGUUUUGUACACGUGUGAGCGAGGGCCUUUUCUGGCUCCUGCAACUAAAUCAUGGCCUAUCUCGCGAUGUCCGGUGCGGUACCCAUCGAUACCUUGGUUCGCCGAGACCCCGGGUGCCCCGACUUCGUCUUGGCCGAUUGUCCAGUACCAGGGCCUUGCAACCUGCAGUGUGCUGAAGGACAGUCAUGUCAGAGGAAGAGUCCCAGCUCAUGCAACUGUGCAACUAACUUCUGCGGCGUUGAUCCGGCCGCCAUCACAUCGCCGAAUAUCCCUCAGCCGCAAGUAUCUUCCAGCAGCAGCAGCGGUCCCAGUGUAGGCGCAAUCGCUGGUGGUGUGAUAGGAGGUGUGGCUGCAAUCGGCUUGAUCACCUAUUUGGUCUGGAGGUUCUGUAUCAAGACAAAGCGGGACCCGAUGGAGCGCGAAUCCUGGCUGGAAGAAAAGCGAAAUGGUGAUCUGGAGGCGGACGACAUGACAGCAAGGAGGACACAUCGCUCGUCAACGCACACCUCACACUCUGUCGCAUCUACCGUGCUCACGCGAGCCUCAAACAUCAUCCAGAUUGCCUACAUACCGGGUGUAACGAACAGGGCCACCCCAACGUCACCAACGAUACUUGUACCCCCGGUCCCGCCGAUUCCUAUCGCCGUCUCCCAGGCCAGCACCCCUUCGGCCCCUGAAGACCAGCACUUCUUUAUGCCCAGCGACCUGCGACCUGACUCGACCUACUCGGCCAUGACUGGUUAUACCGACCGCACCUCAUUUGCUCGUACCUCGUACGCUCCCCGCUCAAGUAUCGCUUCCACAAUCUACGGAAAGAAUGCAGUAAUUGUUGCGCCGGCGCAGACAGGCAUGCGGGCCAAGCCAGCCAUGGUCUCUGUGAAGUCGACGGGCAGCGGGACGAGCACAGGCUCCAGCACCCCGCCUGUUCCAGACAUUGAUUUCGAGAAGUACGGCACUGUCAGGCCGCCCAGUCCUGCAAACAGUACUUUCAGCGUCGGCUCAACAUUUUUGAACAACGCAAGCGCUCAUACAGCCAUGGCCGCUCGACCUCAAGUCGUUCGUGUCGGAAGCGUUAGCAAGAAGUCUAGCAAUCUGGCCAGGACGAUAAGCGCUGCUGAUUCCACCCCGUCUUCGAUCACCGGAAACACGGAUCAAUCACCAUCCAACGCAGACCAAGGCCCUUUCGCUGAUCCACCAAGGCCAUCCACAAACAGGAGUAACAAGGCCAUCAGUGCGGUCAUUCAGGAAGCCACCCGCCGUGCCUCUCAGCGAGACAUGACAACUCCGAGCAGGUCUGACAGGGAAAGAAGUCCCUUUGGCGAUGAACAUGUCGCACGGGAUUGAUGAGAAAUGGCUUUGUGAUUAUUAGCGUGUUUUGUCCAUUCGCUACCCGAGUCUCUUGAUGCUAGGCUCGUGUAGCUUUUUCCUUCUAGUAUCUACUUUUCUCGAUAUCGACAGACCAUGUUUGGUGUAUUUCAAGUCGUUUCGAUUUCAUGCCACUUACUUUCUUUUUUCUUUUUCUUUUUUCUUAUUUUCUUUUCUUUUGUCUCCUGUGUCGGGGCUAUACACGCCUUUUUGGAUCAUUGAGAGAUACCGCGAAGGACAGAAGCAUAUAUCUGCCUUCGAAAGUGGCGUAUUGGAUUGCCCGGGCAUAUAUAAAUCAAUACUGUUACAGACCACUACUUAUCCUACCCAAUAAGCCA